AAGUGGAGAGGCUACACGAGUGGGCCGAACCAAAGAAGAUAUUUAUAUAACCUAAACCUACCAUUCGUUGGUAUUCGUCUUUUAGAAACAUGUACCCCACCCCCACCUCACCCAACCUAACUUCACUUGGCCACAUUAUACACUCCAUGUCCUGGUUUCAUCCAAAUCUACCCGGUCAGGAUGGAAAUAACUCAAAACUCGAAAAAAAACCUGAAACCCGUUCCGACCUGAACCCAAACAACCUUUUUUUUUACUCGCCUGUUUCGACCCGGACCCGUUUUAACCCAUGACCCGAACCAAAACAACCCAACCCGACUCGUUUGCCAAGUAUACUCGAGCCAUUUCCGACCCAGACCUGUUUCGACCCGGAAGAAAACCGAUCCUCAAAAUAAGACCCGAACCCGUUUUAACCGGUUACCCCACCCGACCCUACCCAACCGUUUUGCGAUAAUUCUUGUUGUACAGGGAUACACUUCUCCAGAAUGGCGGGAAAACGUUAAUCACGGUCGUCACAACACAGGCACAAAACCCUAUAUUCUCUGAACUGUACUCUCAACUCCAUUAUAUGUUCUUAGCCUUUAAUUAUUGCAUCAUAUUCUUCCAUAAAAACCCUAGGUCCAUACGAUUCAAUUUCUACGCAAUGUCAUCGUCUUCUUCACCGCAGAUCGUCGCAGAGUACGCAAAAUCAGGCAAAUCGUCAUGCAAGAAAUGCUCCGAGAAGAUCGAUUCCAAGUCUCUGAGGUUAGGGUUGAAGAUUCGGGACCCGAGGGGAUUUGACAGCGUCAAAUGGCAUCACUUCGGUUGCUUCUCUUCUUUGGAUUCCGUUUCGGUUUCUGAAACCGAUAUCGAAGGGUUUUCUCAACUCACGGAAAGUGAUCAGGACAAGUUGAAGCAGAUGGCGAGUGAAGGGGAUCAGUCUUCUACAAAGAGAGAAGGAGAUGUAGAGACUGAGACAGACAAAAGGGAUACAAAGAAGCUAAAGGUAGAUCAUGUGACUCAUGAAAAUGAGGAAAUUGGUCAAGAAAAAAAGAAUGUUACAAACGAAAAGAUUGUUGCAGAGUAUGCAAAGUCAGGAAGAUCGUCAUGCAAGAAAUGCUCUGAGAAGAUCGAAUCCAAAUCCUUAAGAAUGGGAUUGAGUAGCUGGGACUCACGCGGUUUUGAAAAUACCAAAUGGCAUCACUUAGACUGCUUCUUUCCUGUAGAUGCAGACCUGGUUUCAGCAGAAUCAAUCAAAGGGUUUGCAGAUUUAAAGAGCGGUGAUCAAGAAAAGUUGAAGAAACUGGUGGCUGAACAGGAUCAAUCUUGUAAGAAGUCGAAUGAAGAUGGUGAAACUGAGCUACAGGAAUCGGAUCAGAAGAGUGAAAAGAUAUCUGGUUCACCAGACGAGGCCAUUGGAUCUGAGAUAGCCUCCUAUGCAGUUAGCGAUGUCAAGGACAAUUAUAAGGGUGCGACAUUACAACCGAAAUGGAAGGCAUUCCAGACUAUCAUAUAUCUUGAACGGGAUGACGGCCUCCACGAUUCAAAAAAAAUUGCUGCCUUUGAUUUCGAUGGAUGUCUUGCAAAAACAUCAGUUCAAAGAGUAGGUGCAAACGCGUGGUCUCUUAUGUACGCUUCAAUACCAAAGAAGUUGCAGAGCUUGUAUAAUGAUGGCUACAAACUGGUUAUCUUCACCAAUGAAUCAAAUAUCGAGCGCUGGAAGAACAAACGUCAGGUAGCUGUGGAUUCUAAAAUUGGAAGACUUUACGCUUUCAUCAAGCUCGUAAAUGUCCCAAUUCAGGUUUUUAUUGCUUGUGGUGUAAGUAAAGGUCAAGAGGUGGACCCUUUUCGCAAACCACAACCUGGAAUGUGGCGCGUCAUGGAACAACAUUUUAACUCUGGAAUUCCAAUCGAUAUGGACCAGUCAUUUUAUGUUGGUGAUGCUGCUGGAAGAAAAGAUGAUCAUAGUGAUGCUGACAAGAAGUUUGCAGAGAAAAUUGGAUUGAAGUUUCACCUUCCUGAGGAAUACUUUGAUGCAUGAAGAAGGAACACAAGCCUACUAUUUUGUUCUUUUGAUUUGCUCUGAUAUCUCUACUUAAGUAACCUAUGAUGGUUUCACACUUUCACUUCUUGGUUUAAUCAAAAGCUUGCUUCUUCUCCUUGAUGGUGUACUAAUGGAACAAUACUUCACACGCAAGUAACCGAAAGUCAUUGGCAGACAUUUUAAAAUUUGACUAUAUACUGAAAAACAGAGAAGAGAAUUUGUGUUA